UCGCGACGGUCUGUUUCGUGUUCGUCAUCACUGAAAACUUAGCUCAGUGAUCAGUGAGUUGAGUGAUGAGUUGAAUGUUGAAGAGUGAGUGCAGUGGAUUGUGAUAGUGACUGUUGUAUUUAUGUUGCCUACAGAAUUUAUGGAUUGGUAGCCCCGCGAUGGGAAGUGUUGCCGUUGCAGUGCUCGUGUUGCUGAUGUGUCUCACAGUCAGAGGGCAGUUUCGGUCGCCCCGCAUCACCGAGCACCCCUCAGACAUCAUAGUGCCCAAGAACGACCCUGUGACGCUCAACUGCAAGGCGGAGGGCAAGCCGGAGCCUUCCAUCGAAUGGUGGAAGGACGGUCAGCUGUUGGACACGGACACCAAGAGCCACAGGGUCAUCCUGCCCGCGGGCUCGCUGUUCUUCCUGAGGGUCGUCCACGGCAAGAAGGAACAGGAUGGCGGAGUGUACUGGUGCGUCGCGAGGAACGUCGCAGGCUCUGCUACCAGUAGAAACGCCACGCUACUUGUAGCAGUUCUGAGGGACGACUUCCGUGCCGAGCCGUCGGAUACUCGGGUGGCUGCUGGGGAGACGGCCCUCCUAGAGUGCGGUCCACCCAAGGGGCAGCCAGAGCCUACCCUCCACUGGCGCAAGGAUGGCGAGAUCGUCGACAUCGAAGGCUCAAGCAGGGUGAGGAUCGUGGACGGAGGGAACCUGAUGAUCUCUGAUGUUCGUCAGAGUGACGAGGGCAAAUACACUUGUGUCGUGCAGAACCUGGUAGGCUCCAGGGAGAGUGUUGCAGCUAAGCUGACUGUACAUGUCAAGCCGUUCCUACUAUCAGAGCCACAAGAUGUGACAGUGCUGCCUAACCAGAAGGUCCAGCUACAAUGUCGCAUCGGAGGCGAUCCUCCGCCCAAGAUACUGUGGCGAAGGGACGACGGAGACAUGCCAGUGGGACGUGCUCAGAUCCUGGACGACAAGAGUCUCAACAUUGAGCACGUCUCUUUGGAGGAUGAGGGAAUCUACAUAUGUGACGCUGAUAACCUCGUAGGCAGCAUCUCUAUGAGAACGUCCCUAACUGUCCAUUCGCCACCAGCAUUCAAAAAGAGACCACAUGAUCAAAAAGUUGGGCUGAAUGGAGUGGCCAAGUUCGACUGUGAGGCGGAAGGGAAUCCACGACCCAGUGUUUUCUGGACCAAAGAAGGGAGUCAGGUGCUGAUGUUCCCUGGAAACUCCUACGGGAGGAUCAAUGUCACUCCCCAGGGAACUCUCAGCAUCCAGGGAGUCCAGAGGGAAGAUUCCGGAUACCUAGUGUGUUCAGCUCUAAGUGUUGCUGGCUCGGAUACUGCUAGAGCUUUUUUACAGGUGACGUCAGUGGAAGAUGUUCCUCCGCCUCUGGUAGAGGUUGGUCCGACCAAUCAGACGCUUCCGUUGCAGUCCGUCGCUACUCUGCCUUGCCAAGCACGUGGGAGUCCCUCUCCUCGCAUCAAGUGGUAUCGCAACGGAAGUCCUGUGGAUCCCCACUCAUCCUCUAGGAUCAGUAUUCUUCCUUCAGGAACUCUGCAGAUUGAUGAUCUGCAGCCGAGUGACUCCGGGCUCUACACGUGCACAGCCAGCAGUGAGAGUGGUGAGACGUCGUGGUCUGCCUCUCUCAGUGUUGGAGGUCCCAGUGGGGGCUACCACAGGAGUCCUGACCCCGCCACAUUUCCCCGCCCACCCGGGGCUCCCCGGAUACUCAACACUACUCAGUCCUCUGUGACCAUGGCCUGGGACCCUCCGCCCGGGCCACUGCACUCCCAACUCAUAGGAUACACUUUGGAAUACUUCAGUUCAGAUCUUCAAACCGGCUGGGUAGUGGCAGCACACAGAGUCAAUACAAAUACUAUCAUGAUCACAGAUCUGAAGCCAGACACGUCAUAUGUGUUUGUGGUGAGAGCGGAGAACUCCCAAGGCAUCUCAGUGCCCAGUGAGAUAUCCGAGGUAGCUCAUACGCAGGGAACACAUCUGCGAGAUGUCCCGAUCCAUCAGAUCAACGAAGCCCGAGCUCGGCUUGCAACCAAGGUCAUCAUACUGCGCAACCUGGAGGCUACCAGCUCCACCGCCGUUCGGAUAACUUGGGAGAUUGCAACCGCUGAAGAUUUUGUCGAGGGGAUCUACGUAAGGUUCAGAGACGUCUCGGGAGGUGAGAACAAGUACAACAUGGCUACAGUACUCAACGCCGGAGCUCUCCAUUACACUGUUACUAACCUGCAGAAGUACACCAAAUACGACUUCUUCCUUGUCCCGUUCUUCAAGAUGAUCGAGGGUCAGCCAUCAAACUCCAAGGUGGUCCAGACGUUGGAAGAUGUUCCGUCUGCCUCCCCUGAGGACAUCCAGAUGUCUUGGGUCAAUUCUUCAGCUGCUUAUAUCAAAUGGUCCCCACCUCCUCCCCAGCAUCAUAAUGGAGUUUUGUUGGGUUACAAGGUUCAAGUAAAGCAGAACACCAAGAUAGUUCUACAACAGACAGUCAACGUCACGACCCAGACUGUCAUACUUCCCAAUAUCUCCCUCCAUGGAAUACAAGGCAUGGGUGUGCGGGUGGUGGCUUACACAGCUGUAGGUAUUGGUCCGUAUUCUCCGAUGGUGAGUGUGGCCGAAGCUCUGAUGGAUCCGUCCGCACAACCUAGUCAUCCCUCCUCAGCCUCUGACACUGUGUACGUCCUUAUCCUCGGCUUUGUCAUCAUCUUCGUCAUAUUCGCCUUUGUUGCCACCUACUACCUCAAGAAGAGGCAGAACUUCAAGAAGGAACUUGGUCACUUGAGUGUGCCAGUGAUGAACAUGAAUGACCUCAACCUGAUGGGGGGAGGUAAGGAGACACUGUGGAUGGAGGCUGGAUGGGGAACUAAGAAUCAAGGUCACGGAGGUCAAGGUCAUCUGUCAGACAGUGACUAUGCUCAGGUGGAUACCAGAGGAAUGUCGACAUUUUACAACACCAGGAAGGAGCCUCUAGCCAACCCCACACCCUAUGCUACCACUACUCUGGUCAACAGCAACAUGGUUCCCAAUAACAGGGCUGACUCUACAGAAACUGGUCCACUAAUAGUUCCCAUGGCAAUGAGUUCUUCUUCCGAGGCAAAAACAUCAAGUUCUGGCGAUUCGUGGACGAAGAAGGAGAUGAAUCUAAACCAGGACAAUCAGGAUUUUAGAAACAUGUCAGAAGGUGUUCCUGUGUUCAUUGGUGAAACCAGGGAGUACAAGGGGAGGUUGUUUCUACCCCCUCCUCCACAACAUCCACCCCCACCCCCUCACCAUGGCAGUGUUGCUGUCUUCAGUCAGAGCUCACGUAGCCCACAGGCCAACAAACGGUUUGGCAACAGCGGUCCGGCGAUGUGUUGUCAGGAGAACUCUGGUGGCCGUAGUAACAGUAGCAGCAACAGUUACGCUCCGUCGUGGCUCACCAGUCAAAGUACGAGAGAACACAGACACCCCCCACCACAGCAACAUCCCCCUCCGAUACCAAACUAUCCGGCCAGCUACUCGUGUUGUAGUAGCAAUCACUCUGUGAAGAGUCGAAGUCAUCGAGAACGAGAAAGAGAACGAGAUCGAGAACGGGAUCGAAAUCACUUACAUUGCCACCACUCCAACUCUAGUCAUUGUGAUUGUCAAGAGAGUGCAUCUCUGCUGUACUCCCAUCCUCACAAUUCACCACAACAGUGCCAUCAAGACUGUGGAGCUAUGGACCGAGGCUGCCAAAGCUCCUUGCCAAGCCUUCACUCUGAAGCUCAAUAUCAUCUAGUCGGCCAACACAGAGACGACAGGUGGCGGCGGGGGGGAGGAGCAGACUACGACGGCUGGGAAGGGGAGGGUGAAGACGCUAGCGACACCUGUUGUUCCUGCAGUGAAGCUUCCUGCACCUACGCGCAGACCAACCAGACACCGACCAUGAGUCCCCUCACAUCAGAUUAGGAUUUACUGAACUACUCUAAGAACUGAAGACUCAACGGACUGAAUCUCAAGGCCUUACCUGGCAUUUUAUCAUCCUAAGUGUGAAAAGUCAUUUUUAUAUCAGAACCUAACAUUUUAACACUCUAAUAUUUAUGAUAAUAUGUUUUGUUAGGUAAUUUAAUUAUUGUCCUAGUUGUCUACACAAUCGAAGUAGAAGAUUUUUGACACCGGAAUUCUUCUAUAAUAGCACUGUUUUAAUUCUUUAUUGUCUCCCCCCAUUCAAAUUUUGCCAAAUCAAAUGUUCUUUUGUUGGCAAAACCAUGUUAAUUUGAAUAAUACGAAGACCAAGUAAAUUUAAAAGUCAUGAAGAUUUCAAAUUGUAGUUUGAUAUUUCAAACUAGAUUCGCUUUUGUAUACAAAUAGUAGGUUUACUUCUUUUCUUUUUAUUUUACUUUGGACAAAUCAUUCAUUUUCAACACAACCAACAUGUGACGUAAAAGAACAUUAACUUUCAGACAAAAUGUAAAAGGUAUGUGCCUUUAAAUGGUACCAAGUAAUAGAAAUUCAUAUCAUCCAUUCCUUACAGUGAUGUGGUAGCUUACGAGUAACAAUAAACUUUUUUUUAAUUAUCAAUUUAGAUAAAUAAUAUCAGCUUCUGUGAUAUUGAUUGUAGGCGGUUUUUUAUCAGGUUGUGUUUGUAGUUUGUAAAACGAUUGUAUUUAGAUUUCUGGUGUGAUUACUGAUUAUUGUAAAUGCUAUAAAUAUUGACUAAGGUGUACAUUAUUGGAAAAUCUUUUGUACGUAUUCAUGAAAAUAUAACUUUUAAGCAAAGUUGUUAUCAAUUUUUGUAAAUGUUAAAUUGCUAUUGCUACUGCUGUGUAUACUAAGAACAUAAAAAAUGUCAGUCAAUUUUG